AUGACUGAUCUGAGUGAUGACCAAAAACAAAUAUUACAACCAACAACAGGUUAUAAUGACGAACCACUUCUACCGUUGGAAGAAGCAUGUGAAUCGCUUCUUAAUAUGGUUCCUCGUUUACAGGCUCAUGUGCGUAUGGCUAAAGAAAACUUCAAACAUCCAGUUGAUGGUCUUACACAGGAUGAAUCAGCUGCUAUUCAUUUAUAUACAAUGCAAUGGGAUUCUGGCAAUGAGGAAGUAGAUGAAAGUUUGUAUGCACAUCUUAAUCGUACACUUAAAGAAGUUGAUCGAUUAAAGCUUCGACCAUGGUUUCGAUAUUUCAAGCUAUUAUUUACAGCACUAUCAAAAAUACCACCAAUUUCCCGUCAAAUAGUUUGUUGA